AUGGACGGUUGGAUAAGGCCGCCACCAAUGCAAAGUAGGGAAAGGAAUGUCAAGAAAUUUUGUGACUUCCAUAAUGAGCACGGCCACCUCACAGAGGACUGCAGGGACCUCAAAGACAACAUUGAGGAUAUGGUCAGAAAGGGGUAUUUUUCGCAGUAUAGGGCGAGGCAAGGAAAUGGUAACAACAACUCGGUGGGGGGAAACCCUGCCAAUUCCUACCGGCCACAACAGCAAAAUCAACAACAAUACCCUAGAAUCGAACAGCCAUAUCAGCCACCUAGAAUCGAGCAAAAACAGCCGGAAACCAGUGCCAGAGCAGAACAGAGGGAUGGCGGGAAAAAACCACCCGUGUAUGUAAUUUCUGGCGGUCCAGUCCACGGAGGGACAAUAAGCGGCGCCAGUAGAAGCUUGGAGGAACACAGGCACAUGGUAAACUAUCAUAACACAAGAGUGUGGCCUAACCCACCCAGCAUACCAGUGAUGACGUUCUCGGAAUCGGAUUGCAGAGGCAUCAUUUUCCCGCAUGAUGACCCGCUAGUUCUUACAAUUGAUAUAGCAAAUGCCGAUGUGAACAGAGUACUGGUAGACGGCGGCAGCUCAGCAAACAUCAUCUUCUGGGAAGCCUUCAAACAAUUGCACAUACCAGAGGACGAGCUUCAAAGGGUGAACUACCCAGUAAUCGGUUUCUCAGGAUCUACAGUGUACCCAGAGGGUAGUAUACGGCUGCCGGUGAAAAUCAGAGAAGGAUCUGAAAUGCGAGAUCUCAUGGUGGAUUUCCUAAUCAUUAAAGUACCAGCGGCCUACAAUGUGAUCAUCGGUCCCCCAUUCAUACAUGACGUGCAGGCGGUAGUCUCCACCUAUCACUUGACAAUGAUAUAUAUGUCGAACCUGGAAAGGCCGGCAAAGAUAAGGGGAAGUCAGUUGGCGGCAAGAUCCUGUUACUUGACUGCUUUGAGAACACCGGGAAGAAUGGUCCCAGAAGUAAACUUGACUACUGAGCCGGCAAGGCAAGAGGUACACUUGACUACUAAGCCGGCAAGACAAGAACAACUGCCAAAAAAGAAGAGCUGCACAAAAAGGGGUCGAACCUGA